GGUCCACAAAGUGAAAGUUCUCCAUCUCAAGAUCUUUCUAGAAGUAUCAGCAUCCCUAGACCCCUCUACGACCACUAGAAACUUUUUGACCAUCCUAUUUUUUUUUAUAAAAAAAUAAAGAAAAGGAAUUACCGUAGUCUAUAUAUAAAUUCCACAAAAUUUCCUCGCAAUUCCACAAACCCUUCCGCAAAUCUCACGUUAAAACCCCUCCCCUUCCACUCUCUCUCCUCGCAUCACCCGUUUCCGUCUUCAGAAAACAGGAGAGAGAGAGUGGGAGAAUCCACGACAACCUCGACCAAGUCGUAUUUGGAGUUCCAGGAAAAAAAAAAAAAUCUCUGAUACUGCGGCGGCGCACUCGAUCACAGGUUGUCACUUUAUCUGCUCGGAGUCAAUUGAUUUCGUGUGCCCAAGCAAAACCUUCUUUUGAAAAUGAGCGUGGUUGGUUUAGAUUUUGGGAACGAGAGCGGCGUUGUCGCCGUAGCUCGGCAAAGAGGAAUUGAUGUUGUUCUAAAUGAUGAGUCGAAACGUGAGACUCCAGCUCUUGUAUGCUUUGGGGACAAACAGCGGUUCCUUGGAACAGCAGGGGCUGCAUCAAGUAUGAUGAAUCCAAAGAAUACAAUUUCUCAGGUAAAGCGUCUGAUUGGGCGUCAGUUUUCAGAUCCUGAGCUGCAACGAGAUAUCAAGACAUUGCCUUUUGCUGUUACCGAAGGUCCUGAUGGAUACCCUCUAAUUCAUGCACGGUAUCUAGGAGAAUCAAGGACGUUUACACCAACUCAAGUAUUGGGAAUGGUGCUCUCUAAUCUUAAGAGCAUAGCGGAGAAGAACUUAAAUGCGGCAGUUGUGGACUGCUGUAUUGGGAUACCAAUUUAUUUCACGGAUCUCCAAAGAAGAGCUGUUUUAGAUGCAGCUACUAUUGCAGGUUUGCACCCUCUCCGGUUGAUUCACGAAACAACUGCAACUGCUUUGGCAUAUGGAAUUUAUAAGACAGACCUACCCGAGAAUGACCAACUAAAUGUUGCAUUUGUUGACAUUGGCCACGCGAGUAUGCAAGUUUGCAUUGCUGGGUUCAAGAAAGGCCAGCUAAAGAUUUUGGCCCAUGCAUUUGACCGAUCAUUAGGUGGUAGAGAUUUUGAUGAAGUUCUGUUUCACCAUUUUGCUAUCCAGUUCAAAGAACAGUACAAGAUUGACGUUUACCAGAAUGCCAGGGCUUGCCUCCGGCUUCGUGCUGCUUGUGAAAAGCUGAAGAAAGUUCUUAGUGCAAACCCAGAGGCACCUCUGAAUAUUGAGUGCUUGAUGGAUGAGAAGGAUGUUAGGAGUUUCAUCAAGAGAGAAGAGUUUGAACAAAUUAGCAUUCCAAUUUUGGAGCGCGUGAGGAAGCCAUUGGAGAAGGCUCUUUCCGAAGCUGGACUGACGGUUGAGAAUAUUCACUCGGUUGAGGUUGUUGGUUCUGGCUCUCGUGUUCCUGCCAUGCUCAGGAUUUUAACAGAGUUCUUUGGCAAGGAGCCUAGGCGGACGAUGAAUGCAAGUGAGUGUGUUGCCAAAGGCUGUGCCUUGGAGUGUGCUAUUCUCAGCCCCACGUUUAAAGUGCGGGAAUUUCAGGUCAACGAGAGUUUCCCUUUUCCCAUUGCUUUGUCAUGGAAAGGUGCUGCUCUGGAUACUGAAAAUGGAGGUGCAGAUAAUCAACAAAGCGUUAUUGUCAUUCCGAAGGGGAAUCCAAUUCCUAGUAUCAAGGCCACGACAUUCUCUAGAUCAGGAACCUUUACAAUAGACGUCCAAUAUGGUGAUGUCAGCGAACUGCUGGCGCCUGCUAAGAUUAGCACAUAUACGAUUGGUCCUUUUAAACCCACGAAGAGUGAACGGGCAAAAUUGAAGGUGAAAGUUCGUCUAAAUCUGCAUGGCAUUGUAUUUGUCGAGUCUGCCACGAUGUUGGAAGAAGAGGAAGGUGAAGUUCCAGUUGCAAAAGAAGCUGCUAAGAUGGAUACAGAUGAAACUCCAAGUGACUCUGCUCCCUCGGCUACUGAAACUGACAUUAAUAUGCAAGAUGCCAAAUUCGAUACUCCAGGGGCAGAAAAUGGUGUCCCAGAUUCUGGGGACAAGCCUAGUCAUAUGGAAACAGAUGCUAAGGUAGAGGUUCCAAAAAAGAAGGUCAAGAAAUCUAACGUUCCUGUAUCUGAGAUUGUUUAUGGAGGAAUGGCUCCUGCUGAUGUGCAAAAGGCAGUGGAAAAGGAGUUUGAAAUGGCUUUGCAGGAUCGUAUUAUGGAAGAAACCAAAGAUAAAAAGAAUGCUGUGGAGGCCUAUGUUUAUGACAUGAGAAACAAGCUGCACGACAAAUACCAGGACUUUGUUAUUGAUUCGGAGAGGGAAGAGUUAACUGCUAAACUCCAAGAGGUGGAAGAUUGGUUGUACGAAGAUGGUGAAGACGAGACCAAAGGCGUUUACAUUGCCAAGCUUGAGGAACUCAAGAAGCAAGGAGAUCCUAUUGAGGAGCGAUACAAGGAGCAUACUGAGAGGGGAUCGGUGAUUGAACAACUUGUCUAUUGUGUGACUGGUUUCAGAGAAGCUGCAAUGUCAAGUGAUCCUAAAUUUGAUCACAUUGACUUGACAGAGAAGCAGAAGGUUAUGAAUGAAUGCGUGGAAGCAGAAGCUUGGUUAAGAGAGAGAAUGCAGCAACAAGACUUGCUGCCCAAGUAUGCUACUCCAGUCAUCUUGUCAGCCGACAUUAGAAAGAAGGCCGAAGCCCUUGACAGGUUUUGCCGGCCUAUAAUGACGAAACCUAAGCCGGCCAAACCAGCUACAGCUGAAACUCCAUCACCUGCCACUCCCCAAGGAAGUGAGCCACAGAGUCAGGGUCCGAGUGAGAAUGAUGGAGAUGCCAAUAAUGAGGUGCCACCAGCUGCUGCAGAGCCCAUGGAGACAGAAAAGUCCGAGACAGAACCGGGCUCUGCUUAAUUUAGUAAACCUACUUAUUCUUUAGUGUUCGAUGCAGGAAAAAUUUGUGUCAAUUUGAUUAUAUUUCUGAGCCUACGAACUCUUUUGAUGGACCAUUGGUAAAGGCUACAGGGAGGUUUUGCUGGUGAAAUUGUUUGGAUCUGUAAAACCAUCUUUCUGAUUUUCGAUGGUGUGUGUAUUCUAUCAUUAUAAAGAUAGAUGUCCCGAAUCCAGUUUUCCAAAUGCGUUUGUAAGAGUGACAUUAAAUUUGAUUUCAUCUUGCAUUCUGUAUUUGUUGGAAGAGAGACCUAUUCUCGACUCUUACAGGCUUUUUAAGUGCCAUAUUUUUGUUAUGGGUUAUGUUUUCGGGGUUCAUCC